GGCCAAAGGACGAGCCUUCAUAAAAACCAGGGCGUUUUCUUCCCGACAGGUUAAUCCGAACCUUACCUGUCCUCUGUGAAGGUGUGGAGCAKUUCUUCAGCAGCUGUCAUGGUUAAACACAUUAAGUCCAAGGGGGAGUUUGAUGAGGUCCUGGCCCAGGCAGGAGACAAACUGGUGGUGGUGGACUUCACAGCCACCUGGUGCGGUCCCUGCCAGAUGAUCGGUCCAGUUUUUGAAAAACUGGCAGUUGAGUAUGAUGGCAGAGUGAUUUUCAUAAAGGUGGACGUGGAUGAACUUGCUGAUGUGAGCAAGGACUGUGGCAUCAAUUGCAUGCCUACUUUCCAGUUCUACAAGAGAGGAACGAAGGUGUUUGAAUUCUCCGGCGCCAACGUCAAAACAUUAACUGACAAAGUGGCUGAGCUGCAGUAGACCACACUGUCCCCACCUGAGCAGMGCUUCCUGUUGCACCUGUUCACCAUCCUGGUUCCCUUUAUUCCACUGUACAAACUGCCUUAACUGGCCCACAUUAAAACUCCAACCUCAUGUGUUAACGCUGUUACAUGUUAGAACCCAGAACAGUUUGUUUUUGAUUUUCCCAACAAGGUGGAUUAAAUAAAUGAUGAAUUACUGAC